CGGGGCCUCGUGCGCACAGGUGAGCCCCGCACGGGCGCGAGGACAGAGGUGGGCGAUGCGCGUCCUGAUACGGACGCCGGUACUCGGGCUGCAGUCUCCGCUCCGGCAUGGCGCGCAGGUGCGUGGGGAGGUGCGCGCCCCUCUUCUUCCUCGCGCUCCUCUUUGACGCGGCCGGCCUGGUCUUGCUCCUCGUGGGGAUCUUCGGGAACCUCCGCCUGGACGGCCGCUUCUACGGGGACUUCUUCAUCUACACGGGCUCCCUCAUCAUCUUCCUCAGCCUGGUGUGGUGGGUGCUGUGGUACACCGGGAACGUGCAGCUCCCCGGGGACGAGCGCAGGAGCUCCCUGGACAUCAGCUUCACGCACUGGGCCCGGAAGCUGUCCGAGAGGCUGUCCAAGAACGGCGUGAAGCCCCUGGAAGCGGGGUCCGCCUGGAGGGGCGAGGAGGAGGAGGAGCGGGUGAAGAAGAAGAGCAUGGGAAUGGAGGCGGACGGGGCCGCGCGCUCUCGAACUACAAGGGAGGGCGGCAGCGGGGGCGCGCUGACGGGCCUGGACAACCGGGGGUUCGAACCGGAGAAGAACGUGGAGCUGGGGGUCCUGCGGGGCACGGACGUGGCUCUGCGGGCGGCGGAGGAGAAGGUGGAGAGGCUCCUCUGACACGGACGACGACGUCCGACUCUCCUUCCUGUGGAUGGACUUCAGUUCUCCUGCGAACUCCAACUGACUGAAAAUCUUUGAACUUUGAUGACUGAAGUCACUUUUUUAUAAUAUGAAUCAAGAGAGGAUUUCUCAAUCAGGGAUAAAUAAACCCUGUCCAUGGAGAUCAGGGUCUUUAUUAUGUACAUAGCAAAUCUUUAUUUUUUAAAUGUUGAUUUUGUGGCAGAUGUAAAUUAUUUUUAUGUCAAAUAAAGUUUACAUGGAUUUAGUCACUGACUAAAUGUCUGAUAA